ACCGCAUUCUCGUUGAACUUGUGCCUCGCCAAGAAGUAUGCGUUCUGAACAUACCACAUCCCCAACUCUAAGUGUGGGAGGAAUAGAAUAGGUGACACAGUACCUUGGCCUUAGCCUACUACUACGACUAUCAACUGAAUCCGCAUUCUUUGACCGACCGUCACUCACGAUACUGCUAAUUGGAUAAAUAUAAGGAAUUGCGGUAUGGGGUAUGGUCGCAUUGUCGGUGCUGCACGCAGUAUCUGCUUUACUGACCUUGUUGUGUAGGGUGGAGAACUUGCUAAACGAUUUAACACCCUUUAUCACUCGAACAACUCAAGACCACAUCAGAUCAGGUGGAUUUGGCGAUGUCUGGAAAUGUAAUUACAAUGCAAAUGGUCGCGAUCAAGGCCUUCAGAUAUCCAGAGCAAUAUUAUGAUUCAGAAAAGAUAAACAGGAAAAUCAGCAGAGAAAUUGGCAUCUUGAAGAUUCUACGCCAUGACAACAUUGUACCGUUGUUGGGUACAGCGACAGGAUUUGGAAGGAGGCCAGAGUUGCGCAGCAUAGUAACUCCGUGGAUUCCCAACGGCACGUUGAAUGUCUACCUGGCAUCUAAACACAACGAUCUAACAGUGCUGGACCGUUCACGCAUGCUAGAGGAUGUCAGCGCUGGACUGCAUUACUUGCACUCGGUGCCUGUCGUGCACGGGGAUAUAACAGGGGCGAAUAUACUGAUCGACGAGGGAGGUCACGCGAGGCUAAUCGAUUUUGGCCUUUCCACUAUUGUCCUGCCCUUUCUCGGUCAGUCACAUGUAGCUGCGACAUCGAUACACGCAGGUGCAAUCCGCUAUGCAGCACCAGAACUUCUAUCAGAUGAUGUCGGUGACCUGCCUUUGGAAAAAACGGAUAUAUACUCUUUUGGUUGCGUAAUGCUUCAAGUGAGUUGGUUGUUCGGUCAUAAAAUGUUCGGUCAAGGACUUAUCGAACAAGAUUCUCUCGAGUCGGCCCCCUUGGUCUGAGAUCAAGUCUCAAAACCCGGAAUUGCGUAUUUAUGGUUUGAUAUGCCAAGGCCGUAGUCCGCAGCGCCCCGAUGGCCACCCUGCAAUGAUGGACUCAGAUUGGGACAUCAUUCAAAAAUGUCUGCAAUUCAGAUUUGAACUUCGGCCUUCAGCAAAUGAAAUAUUCGACUUCGUCAUGCGUAGGCUUUUCUCAUCAGGUC